CUAAUAAACUGUGUAAUGUGUAUUAUCGCAGAAUCCUCACAGACACACUGCAUUUCCAUCAAAUAAGUUCUACAAAAAGCAAAAAGGGAUUCCAAUAACUCAUUUAUCAAGGUCUACAUUUAAAACUUAAAAAUGAAAUUCAAGUCAAUAAGAAGGUGGUUGAUUAAGAAGCAAGUUGGGGUCUCCGAGCUCAGGACCAAUGACUCCGUGAUUAUUAUAGAUGGUGCCUUCUUCAAAGAAACUUACAAAAACAGCAGUUGUCAAUUUAUUUUGGGCGGAGAAUACGAUAGAUAUGCGAGUUAUUUAAGAAAUAUUCUAAAUAACUUCAUAAAGAAUGAUAUUGAAUGCUACAUCGUUUUCAAUGGAGCUAUGAAAGCCGAUAUAGAGACGAGGAAAGAAAUUCAUCAGAACAUAAUAGAUAGAACAGAUGCAGUUAAGCCUGGUCGUCAAGACAAUGAAUUUUGUGAACCAAUAUUUGUUAAGGAUGUGCAGAGGGAAAUUUUCGAUGAGUUGAAUAUAAAAUAUUUUGUGUGUGAAUACGAUCAUAAAGAAGCUCUUAUUAAUCUCGCAACACAUUACGAUUAUCCAAUUUUAACGAACAAUUUUGAAUAUUCUCUGUUCGGUGUGUCGUGUAUUGUUGCAAAUUCUUUAAUAUUUGAUGUGGAUCAAGGAUAUAGAUGUACCGUUUACCAUCCAAAUAGAAGGAUGUUUCCUUUAGAUAACCGUAUUAUGUCAAUUCUACUAGCAAUUUCUGAUGAAGAUAGUAGUUAUUAUAAGGAAUUGCCGAAAAUAUUAAAAUGCCACGAGAAAAAAAUAUUUGUUUCGGCCCUAUAUUGGAUAAGGCGUCAAAAUCAUACCUGUGCUACUAAAGAGUUAACUAAGUGUUUAUCACCAGAGGAUCAGUCAUCUCUCUUGGAAAACAUUGACAAUUUUUCAAUACUUUUGAGAAGCACUAAACAUGCAAUAAUUAAAAGUUUUGCUUCGCGUAAAAACAAUACAAAAAACAAAAUUGAUGUUAGAAAAUCAAACUGGUUUAGUGAUGGUGUAUCUAAGGGUAAUAUUGCCAUUCCAUACAUAAAUUUAACGAAUAAUAAAACAUUUUCUGGGUCUUGGUUAAUAGGCGAUAAGAAUAAAAAUGAUGCCAUACUCGUUGCAUUAGAUAUUAUUUUCUAUGCGUUAGGUCUGCUAACAAAUAGUCGGGAUAUGAAAAUUUCAUUUAUAGGUAGGCAGUUUGCGACGUCACGUGUUUGGGAAAUCGAUGGCAAACUAGAGUCAUCUGAAUCUAUAAAAGUAUUUUACUCAAGGAAGUCAAAUCAUAUAGAUAUAUUUAAAGUUAUUAUCCGUGAAAUAUUACAUGGCUUUGAUUUUAAAUCCUUAGAGAGCCUCUCUGAAGAUUGCCACAUGAUAAUCAUUGCUCUGGUUUAUUAUUGUGUCAAAAGCAAGGAAGCCUUCAGUAAGGGCGUUUAUUCGAUUCUUUUGUCAUAUUUUAUGCUAGGACCUAUAUCUGCAGAAGUAGGACUUUUAAAAAGAAGUAAUUUCUCCGUAACUCAUAACACUAAUAAAGAACAAGAAAACAAAGUACCAUCUAUAAAUCAUGACCAUUAUGUAGCUGCAGCCCAAGCUUUUAUGGAUUUCUUUUAUAUUAACGAGUCGUCUUUGAAGAACCUAUAUUAUCGAGAUAUUCUGCACAGAAUUGCAGAAUUCGACCAUUGCUUGCAACACGUCAAUUACCUAAAUAAACUUUGUGGCGCCCGUACAAAGUGUACGACAUAUAAUAAGGCAAUAAAUGGAACAUUUGUAUAUAAUAUGUUUGUUACUUUAAACGAUCAUGCGUUUCCAUUGGAUUAUUUGAAAAAACGUAUGGACUGUCAUCCCAUAUACGAAGAAUAUAAGAAGAUUGUUGAUGUGUUUGAAACUUGUUAUAAGUCCGUAAAAGCUUAAUUAGAGCUUUAAGCAUACCUGAAGUAUUAAGUUUUUUUAUUAUUAUUUUGCUUGUUAAUAGGUGUUAGGUAUAAGUGAGUGAACUAUUACUAUGUAAAAAUUAAAAUAUUACGUUCUAGUUACCAAAUCCAGUGUUAUACGGUUAUUGUAAUACGGACUAAAAAUAGUAUUUUUCAUUAUUCUAUUAUUUUUUUGUUUCAAUUUGAAAUGUAUUUACUCAAGGCCCUUGGAAAAUUAUUAAGCCGGCUACUCACAUACCUGCCGCAGGGGCCAUAUUGAAACAAUCUCUGUUGCACGGCGGUCGGAGUAUUUCGGAGGAUUUCAGCUGUUCUCGAAGUUGCCCUUGCUUGUCUAUACACAUCACAAACAAGGAGCCAAUUAAGGGUGCAAUUCCGAUAUUGCCCCUGCGGCAGGUACGUGAAAAUUGUGUUCAAUCAUUUACAUGUUUUUAAGCUUUUUAAAAGCAUGUAAAUGAUUGAACACAAUUUUUGUUAGAAAUUUUAAGAAGUGUUCAUUUUUUUUUAAAUAUGUUUUCUUUGGAGUUGCAUAAAUGCUGUAAUUGCAUCAAACGAAAAUUGUUUACUGUGAUGUAUUUUUAAUUUAAGUAUCUGUGUGAUUACUGAUUAUUUCUUUUGUACCUAGGUUAUUAAUAUUAUACAGUAUGUUGUUUUUUUUUUUUGGUAUAAUUUUGGUUGUUAACAGGUAUUAUAGUUGAUGAUACCGAGUGAAAUAUAUAUGUAGAAAUUUAACAAUUACCAUCUAGGUAUCUGCCAAAAUUAGCGUAAUAGGUGGUUAUACAGUCCUAGGCAUACAGAUAGAUAUUAAGAAAAAAAUGUUCUAAUUCUCUAGGUGAGGAAAUUAAUUAUACUGUUUGGGAACUUGCAUCUUCGAAUCGUGUUAAAAACAUUUAACUUUUUGAUAAAUAUUGUAUUUUUGUAAAUUUUGUACUUUUCAUCAUUAGACUAUGGUUUCGUUAUUAACUGAAAAGUAUUUAUUAAUUUAUAGUUAGUUACAAAUAAAUACUUUUCAGUGAAAAACAAAAGUAUGUAAUAUUUCUUUACGUAAGGCCUUUGGAUAAGCGAGGCUGACAUGACGUUGUUACACGAAGCUUUGAACACAAUUUUUGUUACAAAUUAUCUAUAAAUUAUAUGAAGUUUAUUUUGUUUUAAUAUAUUUUCUUUCGAGUUACAUGAAUGCUGUAAUUGCAUCAAAUGAAAAUUGUUUACUGUGAUGUGCUUAAAUUUAAGAAACUAUGUGAUUAUAUCUUUUGUAUGUUAAUUAUUAACAUAAUGUUUGUU